AUGGCAGACGAGGAUCCAGUCCAGCCUCCUCCGGUGCGGUGCUUAAAUGUGCGCUUCCCAACUCGAAUCCUUUCAGUCGAUGAACAUCAACCAGCCAGGAUGAGCAAGGAUCAGCAGCAGCAGCAGAGCCAGGAGACGGAGUCUAGAAUCAUCACUCCCCGGGAGCGACGUCUGCUGCGUACGCCCAAGUGUGCCCGUUGCCGUAACCAUGGUGUCAUCUCCUGCGUGAAGGGGCACAAGCGGUUGUGCCGAUGGCGCGAAUGCUGUUGCCCCAACUGCCAGCUGGUGGUGGAUCGUCAACGGGUAAUGGCCGCCCAGGUGGCUCUCCGUCGCCAGCAAACCAUGGAGGCCCUGGAAGCCACCACCAACACCAGCAGCACCACCACACACAGCAGCGAGGGCGAGGAUUCGCUUACCUCCACAUCGCCACCGCCAAUGCAUCCUACUUUGGUAUGCGGCAACACCAGUGGUUCCUCCUCCGUGCCCCCAUCUGCCUCAGUGUCAUCGUCAUCCGCCACCAGACAAGCCUUGAUGGCCCAGAAAAGGAUCUACAAGCAGCGAUUGCGGAGUCUCCAGCAAUCCACGCUACAUAUCACCGCCGCCAUGGAAGAAUACAAGCAACGCUUUCCCACGUUCAGCUCGCCACUGAUGGAGCGCAUGCGCAAACGACGGGCAUUCGCCGAUCCGGAACUGAACCAUGUCAUGGAGGCAACGCUGGGCGGGAACGCUUUGUACUUUGCCACCGUUGCCGCUGCAGUGCAGCAGGAGCAGCAGCAUCAGCAUCAGUACAACUUGCAUCAAUCAAUGCCGCCGCCUGUGAACACACUGGUGGAUACGCCCAGGACACGCUUCACUCUGCAGCAGCAGCAGCAGCAUCACUCUAGCACUGUGAAGAAGCCCAAGCUCAGCUUCUCCAUUGAGGCCAUCAUGGGCAUCAGCACGUAG